UCUCGCUAUUUUUGUCUCAACAACUUGGUAAACUCGCUCUCCACACUUUCUGCGCAAUUCUUACCCUUACUGUUUUUCUUUAUUUUCUUUUGUUCUUUCUUGAUGAAUACUACGUUGAAGGAAGGCUGAAUCUUUGAUUCUGGAGAAGAAAUCAUGGUUUUGGAGAACAUGUUCAAUUUACAAGGUGCAAUACAAAAGAUUCUUCAAUUUUGGACAGAAUGGCUGCAACUAGACUCGCCUUGUUUGUGGGAGCAUGCCAGCAUCGUUGUGCAACUCGGUUUCUAUGCAAUAAUUUUAGUACAUCUAGCACGAAAUUUUCCAGGCCUGAUAUGCAAAAACAGAAGAAAGGUUAUGGAUAGAGGCAUAGACAAGUACCUCAUCAGAAUAAAAGUCAGCACUGCAUAUAUAGCCAGCAUAAUUUGUUCCUGUUUACUACUGGGAAUUCACUUCUUAAUGCUAAUGAUGCUGCUAAAUGGUAGUGGAACUCAAUGCAACUCUAAAGCUCGAGCUUUUUCCUCAGAAAUUAUGCAAGUGCUAUCAUGGGCAAUCACACUUGUUACUGUAUACAUAAUCCCCAAUAAAAAGAACAUCAAGUUCCCCUGGUUACUAAGAGCAUGGUGGCUUUGCAGCUUCCUGUUGUCCAUUAUUUGCACAGCUCUUGAUACCCAUUUCAGAGUUAUAAACCAUGGCAAACUUGGAGUACGAGAUUAUGCAGACUUCCUUGGCCUGCUUGCUUCUACAUGCCUCUUAGUCAUUUCAAUCCGAGGGAAGACAGGUAUCAUCUUCAGUGUCCCCAAUGGCAUUGCCGAACCACUUCUCAAUGGAAAAACUGAUGAACAUUCAGAAUACAAGAGGAUAUCUUUAUAUGGCAAAGCUACUCUUGUCCAACUUGUUACCUUCUCUUGGAUGAAUCCACUUUUUGCUGUUGGGUUUAAGAAACCCCUCGAACAGGAGGAAAUUCCCGAUGUUGAUAUCAAGGACUCAGCAAGAUUUCUCUCCCAUUCCUUCAACGAGAGUCUAAAACAAGUUAAGGAGAGAGAUGGGACUACAAAUCCAUCCAUCUAUAAGGCAAUUUAUUUGUAUACCAGGAAGAAAGCAGCAAUCAAUGCAUUAUUUGCAGUGAUAAGCGCUGCAGCAUCCUAUGUUGGCCCAUACCUCAUUAAUGACUUUGUACGUUUCUUAACUGAGAGGAGCACCAGGAGUUUAGAGAGUGGGUACCUUCUGGCCCUAGGCUUUUUAGGUGCCAAAACCGUUGAGACAAUCACACAAAGGCAAUGGAUUUUUGGGGCACGCCUGCUAGGCCUUCACCUUAGAGUUGCUCUUAUAUCUCGCAUAUACAAAAAAGGCUUACUCCUGUCAAGUCAAUCCCGCCAGAACCACACUAGUGGAGAGAUCAUCAACUAUAUGAGUGUAGAUAUCCAAAGAAUCACAGACUUCAUUUGGUACUUAAACAUAAUAUGGAUGUUGCCUGUACAAAUAUCCUUAGCAAUCUACAUUCUACAUACAAAUCUAGGUUUGGGGUCAUUCGCUGCAUUAGCUGCAACUUUAAUAGUCAUGGGUUGCAAUAUACCCCUUACAAGAGUCCAGAAGAGAUAUCAAUCUAAGAUCAUGGAAGCCAAGGACAAUAGGAUGAAAUCCACUUCAGAAGUUCUUCGAAACAUGAAGGCUCUUAAACUUCAAGCUUGGGACAUUGAAUUCCUUCAAAGGUUAGAAAGCUUGAGGAAAAUAGAGUAUGGUUGGUUAUGGAAAUCACUAAGGCUGUCAGCACUUUCAGCUCUUAUCUUCUGGGGAUCACCCGCAUUUAUCUCUGUGGUAACUUUUGGGGCAUGUAUGCUAAUGGGGAUUGAACUCACAGCUGGAAGAGUCUUAUCUGCAUUGGCCACCUUCCGAAUGCUACAAGACCCUAUAUUCAAUCUGCCUGACUUACUGUCUGUGAUUGCACAGGCAAAAGUCUCAGCUGAUAGAAUUAGUUCCUACCUCCAGCAGGAUGAAAUUCAAAAGGAUGCCAUUGAGUAUAUUCCAAAACAUCAAACAGAGUAUGACAUUGAGAUUGACAGUGGAAGAUUCAGCUGGGAUCUUGAGUCAAGGAAUCCAACUCUGGAAGGAAUACAGUUAAAAGUGAAGAGGGGAAUGAAGGUGGCAAUAUGCGGGACUGUGGGAGCAGGGAAGUCAAGCCUGCUCUCAUGUGUGCUUGGAGAAAUACAAAAGCUGUCAGGGACAGUGAAGAUCAGUGGUACAAAGGCUUAUGUGCCUCAGUCUCCAUGGAUACUGACAGGAAAUAUCAGGGAGAAUAUUCUCUUUGGGAAUAAGUAUGACAGUGCUAAGUAUAACAGAACAGUCAAAGCAUGUGCUUUGACAAAGGAUUUUGAACUUUUCUCCUGUGGUGAUCUAACAGAGAUCGGUGAAAGAGGGAUAAAUAUGAGUGGUGGCCAGAAGCAAAGGAUACAGAUUGCUCGUGCAGCAUACCAAGAUGCUGAUAUAUAUCUACUUGAUGAUCCUUUCAGUGCAGUUGAUGCUCAUACAGGCACCCAACUCUUUGAGGAAUGCCUGAUGGGGAUUCUUAAAGAGAAGACUAUACUUUUUGUUACUCACCAAGUUGAGUUUCUUCCAGCAGCAGACCUAAUUCUGGUGAUGCAAAAUGGAAGAAUUGCACAAGCCGGACGAUUCGAAGAACUUAUGAAGCAAAAAAUAGGAUUUGAGGUUUUGGUUGGUGCUCAUAGCCAGGCUCUAGACUCUAUCCUCUCAGUUGAAAAUUCAAGUAGAACAUCCCAAAGCCCUACAGCUGAUGAUGAAUUGAACACAGAUUCAACUUCAAAUGCAGAACUUCUACACACACAACAUGACUCUGAGCAUAAUCUCUCUCUUGAAAUUACAGAAAUAGGAGGUAAAUUGGUGCAAGAUGAAGAAAGAGAGAAAGGAAGCAUCGGAAAAGAAGUUUACUGGUCUUAUUUGACCGUUGUGAAAGGUGGGGCCCUAGUUCCAUUCAUCCUUUUGGCACAGUCAUCAUUCCAAAUAUUACAGGUAGCAAGUAACUACUGGAUGGCAUGGGCUUCUCCUCCCACAAGUGAGACAGAACCAAAAGUGGCAAUGGACUUCAUAUUGCUUGUUUAUGUAGUACUAGCUGUUGGAAGUUCACUUUGUGUUUUGGCGCGAGCUGUACUAGUAGCGAAAGCAGGACUUUGGACAGCAGAAAAGCUAUUCACAAACAUGUUGCAUAGUAUAUUCCGAGCACCAAUGGCAUUUUUUGAUUCAACCCCAUUUGGAAGAAUCUUAAAUCGGGCAUCUACAGAUCAAAGUGUGUUAGACUUGGAAUUGGCAAACAAAUUAGGUUGGUGUGCUUUCUCAAUAAUACAGCUUCUAGGGACUAUUGCAGUGAUGUCGCAGGUGGCAUGGGAAGUAUUUGUCAUUUUCAUUCCAGUAACUGCAAUCUGCAUAUGGUAUCAGCAAUAUUACAUACCAACAGCAAGAGAACUGGCCCGCUUAGCCGGUAUAGAACGAGCACCAAUCCUCCACCACUUUGCAGAAUCACUAUCAGGAGCUGCAACAAUCCGUGCUUUUGAUCAAGAAGACCGUUUUAUUGACGGAAACAUUGGUCUUGUUGACAACCACUCAAGGCCAUGGUUUCAUAAUAUGUCAGCAAUGGAAUGGCUUUCUUUCAGACUGAAUUUGCUAUCUAAUUUUGUGUUUGCCUUCUCAUUGGUAUUACUGGUGACCCUUCCUGAAGGAAUUAUCAAUCCAAGCAUUGCAGGGUUGGCAGUGACAUAUGGAAUAAAUUUGAAUGUUUUGCAAGCUUCAAUUAUAUGGAACAUAUGCAAUGCAGAAAAUAAGAUGAUAUCAGUUGAAAGAAUUCUUCAGUACUCGAACCUAACAAGCGAAGCGCCACUUGUGAUUGAAGAGAGCAGACCACCAAAUAACUGGCCAGAAGUUGGAACAAUAUGCUUCAAAAAUUUGCAGGUCCGUUAUGCUGAACAUUUACCAUCUGUCCUGAAAAACAUUACUUGCACAUUUCCGGGAAGGAAGAAAGUUGGUGUUGUAGGAAGGACAGGGAGUGGUAAAUCAACCCUCAUACAGGCCAUUUUCAGGGUUGUUGAGCCCAGAGAGGGAAGCAUUAUAGUUGAUGAUGUGGAUAUUUGCAAGAUAGGACUUCAUGACUUAAGAUCAAGGCUUAGCAUCAUACCACAGGACCCAGCUAUGUUUGAGGGAACCGUUAGAACAAACUUAGACCCACUACAGCAGUAUUCUGACAGUGAAAUAUGGGAGGCUCUGGAUAAAUGUCAACUAGGUCAUUUAGUGCAUGAUAAGGAAGAGAAGUUGGAUUCCACAGUGGUUGAAAACGGAGAAAACUGGAGUGUGGGCCAAAGACAAUUAUUUUGCCUUGGAAGAGCCUUGCUGAAGAAGAGUAGCAUUCUUGUACUGGAUGAAGCGACAGCCUCAGUUGAUUCUGCAACUGAUGGAGUAUUACAGAAGAUCAUUAGUCAAGAGUUCACAAAUCGGACAGUUGUCACUAUAGCCCACAGAAUCCACACGGUUAUAGAUAGUGAUCUUGUUUUGGUCCUCAGUGAAGGCAAAAUUGCAGAAUAUGACACGCCAGGAAAGCUACUAGAACGACCAGAUUCGUUCUUCUCUAAACUCAUAAAGGAGUAUUCCUCAAGAUCACAAAAUUUCAACAACUUAGCAAAUACUCAUAAUUAAAUCCCGCUUCAAAGAUUCCUCAGAUGUUAAAUUUGGUGGAGCAAGACAGAUUGAGUGUAUCAGUAACAGCAACUUGCAUAAAUAGAUUGAAUAUUCUCCCGGUCAUGAAUUAGGAGGACAAGUGAUGCAAAAGAGUAUUUAAAGAGAAGAUUAUUCUAAUUUUGUUUUGUUUUGUUUUUCAAUUCAAUUGUAUUUUUCUUGAUCAAUUGUAUUUUAUUUAGGUCCUAGUAUUUAAUUGGGUCGAUUAGUAUUUUUAUUUAUAGCUAAGUUUAUUUUUGUAAUAAGUCAUUUAGUGUAUCCUAUGGUAAUUAGAAUUAGAAUUUCUCUUAGAAUUUAGUACUCCUAGUCUCCUGUUAGAUGAGGAUUAUUUUGAUGUAAUAAAAUCUCCAUGGUCUGUGUUGACUAUGACCAACCCUAAGUACCGACUUCUAGUAAUUUUUUUUAUGCUUGAUGCUAUUUUCCAAGCAGGACUAA